CAGUGGAAAUGCGUGCGCUUCUGGCAACAGGGAGGGUGUUCAAGUACAGCCGGCUGUGCCAGAUUUUGGCUGCUGCUGACCCAAUCAGCAGGAUGAUAGAGGAACUGGAGAGUCACUUUCUGGUGCUGACCGAUGUGCCCCUACCUACUUCCAUUGAGAGAUCAGGGCCUUCCUCCUCCAGAGCCACACAGAUAACAGGGUUGGACGGCAAACCGUCAGAGAGCUCCUCUGUCAGCAGCCGAAAAACCAGCAGUGAGAGCAGUGGCGAGACCUUUCAAUGAUUCCUCACAUACCAGACCAUCAACACCAACCUGAGGCAUGAUGACAAGGACCUGCAUACAGACUGUAGGGAGUUCAUAGACUACCUCGGACUGCUGCAGAAGAGAUGCAGUAAGAACGUCGGCAAUGAGAUUACCCAAAAAAGGCGCGAGAGGUUGACAGCAGAUGGAGAACUGACAAUGCAUGACUGCACAGCUGUGCUCAGGGCCGCCAAAGGAGACUUCCUGGCCAUCACCCAGAAGAUGCUCUCAGAGAAAGAGUUGACCACCAAGGAGUGCUUGGAUUAUAUGUACUAUCUCCAGGCACUGGUCAUACUGAAGCACCUCCAACGACCGGGUGUGGUGAAACACAUGACUGUUCCAGAGUGGCUGAACAAGAAGACCACUGCAUUGGGGUACACAGUAGUGGGUGUCAAGGAGCACAAGACGAGUGCUCAACAAGUGGCCACAUUUACCCUUUCCCAGGAGGAGGAUACUUGGUUUGAGCUGUACUACACGUGUGUGCGGCCACAACUCCAGUCACAACUGCAGUCCUGGGAAGAUAUGGAUGGGACUGAAGAGAGAUUCUUCAUCUCAUCCGCGAGUGGAAGAAUACACAAUCCCUCCAAUGACCUCCAACGGCUGCACAUAAGGUAUGGCGUCAGACCAUGGGUAACCAGCCAGAGAGCACGUCGGGUCUUCGAGACAGCCACCAAGAGUCUGACUGUCACAGAGCAGGCAGAGAACGUCGUGAGGGCUAGGCAGCUCCUGGAUUUGCUAGCUGGUCUGUCGAGCACUGAUCCCUCAGAAGGGGAAUCCAGCCGCGCUGCCCGUAGCAUUGCUCGCAGUGCUGCCCAGCAGAAAGCAGAGAUGACAGAUGUGCAAAUGGUUUUGGAGGCAGCGUACAACCGGCUUGUAGAACAGCACCCGGUGACUCUGGACGGUGGAGCACCAGAUAAGGCUCUGCGCGCCGACAUCUCGCCUAGCUUUCAGCGGAAGCUGUACGAGCGAUGGGUGAAGGCCCAGAUGAAACUGCGCAAGCAACAUAUUCACUCGCGCUUUGGCCUUCGCCUACCCAGUGAGGAGAAGGUCAGCAAGUGGAUCUCUGAUCAGGGAUGGAGGAGCAACAUACCCAGUACAGCCCAGUUCAUGAAAGAAUGGAAGCCCCAUGGAUCCGUGGACACAGCAUUGGACGCUAAACAGAUCCGGAGACUCACAAGGACCCAGAGGUUUGCUGAACACAACAUUGUCCACUGCUUGCGGUGCAAGAAGCCGCAGAAACAUCUCGCUGGCCACCUGGCUAGAGUGUGUAUGAAAGACAGCACAGCAGAAGAAAGGCAAGCUGAGAUCCAGAAGGCCAAGGUAUCUUCCAGACGGUGGGUCUGGAGGAACAGGACCUGGGAUUACCGCCAGCUUUGUUCUAUCCUGCCCCACAGUCCGUGUGCUUCUUUACUGGCGGAAGAAUUUCAGAGGUGUGGGUUCUUUAUCACCAACAUGCCGCAAGAGUCAGACACGGCCAUUGACUCAGGUGAUGCCACCUCCUCACAACAGGGUUCGACUUCUGAUCAGAGAUAUGAUGACACUGUUCGCACACCGACACAGUACCAGGCCAUUUUGGCGGUAGCCAGGAACGACUUCCUGAAAAUCUUUCGGAAGCUCGUCUCAAGCGCACAGGUCCUCUCAACAGAGGAGACCAGCUAUCGCCGCUACUGCACGGCACUUUUGGUGUUACGUCACUUUCAGUGCCCGGCAGCUGUGCAAGGCCUGACCGUGUCAGAGUGGGUCAACAGGAAGGAAGUUGACGACAGGGUGGUGAUCGGCUUCGGCCGAAAUGAAACGAUGCAGCCAGCUGCCUGUUUUGCCUUGACAAAGGAGGAGGAAGCUUGGUUGCAGGCAUAUUACUCACACAUCCGGCCAAGAGUGAUCAGGAGUGACCUGAACUGUGACAGGUUCUUCCUUUCGUCAGCUGGCACUGCUUUGCUCACAGUUUCGAAUGACCUCGGUGUGCUCCACAAAGCUUAUGAAAAAAGCUGGAGUAUGGGAACACUCGAAAACUUUUUAAGAGCCACCAGUCGUCAGGCGAGAGGUGCUUUAGAGAUAGCGGCGGCUAACCUGACGGACACGGAGAAGGAGGCCGUGUCCUCUUACCUGGCCUACAACACUGCUGUGGCAAAACUGCGCAGAGUACCUACGCCACAGACUGUAGUGGCCACGGCUACACUGCUGGACUCCUUGGCAGGGUAGGGUUCUUCCUCUUAAACAGACACGAAACAUCACAAUUGCAUGUAUUUGUUGUUCACCUAAUUUCUAAUAUGUUAACACAUACCUUCUUUCCUCUUACAGCACUGACACCGACCGGUUUUCCGGUCCAUCGGGCACGAAGUCUUUGGACUUUGCAGACUUUUUAAUGAAGUUUCCGGCAUCGGCAGACAGCAAAGCACCCACCAAACUGGACAGGUUAAAGGCAGGGUUUCCGGGCGAUCGUGUCUUCUACGACAAGUGGCGUGCCGCCCAAAAGGCCAAAAGAAUGGAACGGCUGCUGAAGGCCUUUACCCGAAAACCCCAAGAAAGCACGGUGAAAUACGGGAUUCUGAAGGAAGGGUGGAAGAACAACUGUCCAAAGCCAGCGGACGUUUUGGCGGCUUGGAAACCAGCCACCAAACUUGUCAUUGAGACUGAUGAGGACCUCCGCCGGAACGUGUCUCAGCAGACGUGGAAAGGCCUGGCGAUCAAAGAUUUUGGUGGAGAGAAAGGGCUAGGAGUUGUUGCAACCCAACCCUUUUCCAAGGGUGACAUCGUGUGUGAUUACCAUGGGAAGGUAAUCACUUAUGCCCAGGGAAGAGUCAUGAUGCAGCUUCUACAGGAUGAAGCAGGGUACCUGUUUUUCUUCAGGACCGGCCAGAGGCAUCUCUGCAUCGACGCCCAGACUUUUCCAUGUGAAUGCCACCCCUGUGCAGACACUGUGGGCAGAAGACUCAAGCAUUCAUCCGAGCAAGCCAACCUGUGUCCAGAACCUUUCGUUUUGAAGGUGAAUGGACAGGACGUGGAUGUCAUCCUCUUCAGGGCCCUGCGGAACAUCAGUGUGGACACUGAACUGAAGUUUGACUACGGGGUGAAAAGGAAGUCCUUCCGAGGAGAGGGCCAGGAUCUGCAAUGGCUUGAUGAGUGAUGUUGCUCAUCUGCUGAUGUGCUAUGCUAGUCAAACGGGGUUCAGAUCCCUAUGUUGUAAAUUAUGUCAAUAUUUGAAAAGCCUAAUUCUGUGUAGACAGAAUUAGAUUCUUAAUUAGAUUCUUAUUACUUAGAAUUUAAUUUUUUCCAUCCACUUUUUGCAAAAUAAAAAUGUGACUAGAGUAUGUG